UUGAACAGCAAACCCAACUCACCACCCCUGACAACAUGGGCUACUGUGGCGGCUACUAUGGAGGCCUGGGCUGUGGCUAUGGCUAUGGCCUCGGUGGCCUGGGCUAUGGUUAUGGCUAUGGCCUUGGUGGCCUGGGCUAUGGCUGUGGCUAUCGCGGCUACGGAUAUGGCCCUUUCUAUGGAGGCUACGGAUAUGGCUGCUAUCGCCCAUGGAACUAUGGAAGAUACUGGUCUGGCUGCUGCUGAAAUCCUGCCCUGGAAGCCCAACAUCUAAAGCCACAGGCUACUAAAGAAAUUACCAAAAAUUUGAGGAGAAAAGUUCAUCCAGGAAGAAGCCAAGAUAAAAAUAAAUAAUAAUUCAUAUCUUCUAUUGUAAAUUUACCACACAUUUGCUGGCUCUGUGUCUCCUGGUGUCCCCUAUUUGUACUUUCAUUACUAUGGCAAUUAUUUGUGCCCUUUGAAAUAAAUCAUUCAAAUUUGAAA